AUGCAUUCGGUUCAGAAAGUCAGUAUUCAACCUGACCUUCGUGGUGCCCAACUUGUCCUCCUCCCCCAUCUCCGAAAGCGAUCAGUCGGCGAGAAAGUUCGCUUCCUAGGCUGUGUCAUGGGCUAUGAUCCAACCACCGCCACGCUUACCUUGGAGCAUGACGUGCACCCGGUUACCUCCAAGGCAGGCAGCCCCAUGAAGACGAUCGCUCGAGUAGACGCCCACCUGGUCCUUGACUGCUUAUAUUGGGAUAAAGUGCGCGUCGGCGAGUGGCUCAACGUGCUGGGCUACGUUGAAAAACACAAGAUCGAAGGGGGCAAGUUUGGCCAAGAAUAUUUGCCCGUUAAGGAACAGCCCCAAUAUCAACCUGCUCUGUUCGUUGUCAACAUCCAAGCCACGUACAUCUGGUCCACGGGACCAAUGGACAUUGACCGGUACGUGCAGACGGUUCGGGUUCUGGAGGCUGAAUUAAGCGGGUGA